AUGAAUUCUACUACAGCUUCCUACAACCCGUCUCACGAAGGGAACACCAGUGCCGAUUCUCCCAAAGAGGUCCAGGGGGUUCCAAUCCUCACACUUAACGAUGGCCACAAGAUUCCCAUGCUUGGCUACGGUACCGGCACCGCCCAAUCUCUUGUAGGCAACACUGGCAACGACCUACACGAAUCCCUCGUAGCGACGAUCCUCAUGGCCAUCCGCGCCGGGUACCACCACCUCGACGGCGCCGAGUAUUACGGUAACGAGCGCGAGCUCGGUGAAGCAAUCAAGCAAUCAGGCCUCCCCCGCUCCACCUUCUUCGUCACCACCAAAAUUUCCGGCACCAAACCCACAGACACCGAGGCCAGCAUCACGUCUUCCCUCGAGAAGCUCGGCCUCGACUACGUCGACCUUUACCUCAUUCACGCGCCCUUCUUUGCCUCCACGGACGCUGAACUGCAGGCCAAAUGGGCCGAGUUCGAAGCCGUGCAGGCCAGCGGCCGCGCUCGUAGCAUCGGCGUUAGCAACUUCUUGCAGUCGCACCUCGAGGCGAUCCUUAAGACCGCGAAGGUCGUACCGGCAGUUAACCAGAUCGAGUACCACCCGUACCUACAGCACCAGGGCCUAGUAGAGUUUAACCAGGAGCACGGGAUCGCGACGGUUGCGUUUUCGCCGCUGGCGGCGCUUCUACACGCGCGGCCAGGGCCGAUGGACCGGUAUUAUUCGAACUUGGCGGCGAAGUAUGGGGUUACUGAGGCGGAGGUAGCGUUGAGGUGGGUGGUGGACCAGGGGCUGGUGGUGCUGACGACUAGUUCGAAAGAGGACCGGUUGAAGGGGUACUUGGCGAAUAUUGGGAGAUGGAAGCUGACGCCGAGAGAGGUAGAUAAUAUCAAGGAGAUUGGACGGGAGAAGCAUUAUAGAGGGUUUUGGACUAAUAAAUUUGCGGCUGACGACAGGUUAUAG